AUGCCUAAGUCUGCAGUCGACUGGAUUAUGAAAGUGGAGCAAUGCUUCCUCCUCCAUACAACCAUGACGGCAGGGGAGGGCAAGAAGUGUCUGGGUGUGCCAGCAGAUGCGGGAAUAAAUGUACCUCUCUUCUACUACCAGUCGGAGGAUGCUUUGAGUAAGCCUUCCACUCAUCCUCGUUUGUUUGCCGUCGGCCAAGUCGUCCCUCUGCCUUGA